ACGCAGCCCCAGACGCUGUCGCGCGAGGAGCCGAGGAGUCGCCACUCGCCGGGCCGGGCGGCCAUCUCCGCAGGACGCGUGUGCGCACCUACUCGUGUCAGACGCCGGGCGCCUAUAUAACUCUCCUGCGGCACGGCUCCUCAAAUCUCUGAUCCGUUGAUUCCGUUCCUGUUCUUGGCUUCCUGCACUAGUAGUUGACACUCUUUCCAGUCGCGAGUUGAGCCUGAGAGCUAGUAAGUGGAAUAGUAGUACAGUACUGGUUUGUGGUUUCGGUUUGAGAUGGAGGAUUCGGUGGGCGAGGAGGAGAGGAGGGAGCAGGAGGAGGCCAUGGCGCAGGGGAAGGAGCGCGGGGAGGAAGAACAAGAACUGGAGCAAGACGCGGGCGCUGGUCGUGUGGAGGAGGAGCAGGUGGCUGAGGAGGGUGGGUUUCUGAGCAGCAUGGCGUCCAAGAUCGGCGCGGCCAUGUCUGGCACCAAUGGGAGCGGCAGCCCAGAGCCUGGGGACGUUGGUGAAGCCAAUGGCAACGGAAUCGCGGUUGCCGCUUCUGACGGCGAGGGUGGGGAGGAGGAGAAGGAAGACUGCAAUGGCGGCGGCGGGAUCUUCCACAGGCUCCUCUCCAGCUCGCCUGCUUCUUCCCCGUCAGCCUCAGCCGAUUUGAUUUGUGUCGGGGCAGCAGAAACAGAGGAAGAGAAAAGGGGAGGGAAAGAUGAGGACGAAGGCGGCGAGCAGGCUGCUGGGAUACUGAGCACCGUGGCUUCUAAGAUCGGCCUGGCCAUGUCCGGCGCCAAUGGCAGUGGCGGCAGCGAGGAAGACGCCAAGCAGGCGAGCAAUGGAGACGUUGGUCACAGUGAAGGCGAGGUAAAGAAUGAGGGAGAUGAGUCGACCGGCGGCGCUGGGAUCGUUAAACAGAUCAUAGCAAACCUCCCCAAUUCAGAUACUCGGGGACCGAACGCUGAAGAGGCAUCCAUGCUCAUCGCCAUCAUCGACGACUAGACUAGGCCCUAGCCAUAGAUUAGGAAACUUGCUUAUCGGGGGUGUAAUUUUAGAUCGCCCAGCGUGCCUUUUGAUGUAGAUGGCUGCACUUUGUUUUAUUGAUAUAACCCUGGAGUUUCCAUGGAUGCAUGUGAACUGAUCUUUGUUUUAUUGAUCACCAGUGAGUACAAGCCUACCCGGAUCA